GAGUGAGCUCGUCCAUUUGCCCGCGACCCGCCUCACGGCGCACACGCACCGUCGUUAGAGCCUUUGAGAUUACGAUUAUAAAAAUUAAAUAAUUUUAGUUAAAGUUUUGUCUCAUUUCUGAACCUCUUUAACAGUUCAGAAGUGCGAUCGAGCUUACUUUUAAUAAGUAAACAUCACCCGCCCACUACCUUCAAAUAUUUUUAUUGUGGUUUGUGAUGGAUGAAGAUUUUGAAGAAUCACGUUCGCGCUCGCGCUCCAGGCAGCAUUCGCGCUCUGGGCGACGUUCGCGACGUAAAUCGCGUACCAGGCGACAUUAUAGUAAAAGUAGAAAGUCGAUUAAUAUUAAUUUAGAUACAAGGCUUAACAAAUUAGAACGUUUGAUGAAAAAAAUUAUAAGUUCAAGUUCUCAAGGCUCGACGACGGUGGAAAAUAAGUCAAAGAGACAAAAUAACAUAACCUCCGCCAUUUCAGUUACAGUAGACCCAACAAAUGAUGGCGCUUUCUUAUCAACUACGCCACCGAUAGCAAGGUCUAUCCCCGAGCUUGGCAGCGAUGGCGCUGUGUUGUCGGCGGGCGGUUUGACGUCGUCGGGGGCGUGCGGGGAGCGCGCCAUACCCCGGUCGCCGCUGCUGCCGGUGCCGGCUGCCACCGCCUCCGCCCGGUGCGCGGCAAGACAGCCUGUCGCGGCUUCGUGCUCGAGAGCGAGCUGCAACUCUUUCUCAGUUUGUACACAGGACCCAGGUAAUCCGUGGGCGUAUUACCAUCAGGAUGGUCGACUGUAAGGGAAGGUGAACUCCGGAGUUGUCGCCCCGCCGCCGGGGCUCCCCUUCCCCCCUGCGCCGCGCCCCGCAGUCGCGGCAGCACAAGAGUGAGCUCGUCCAUUUGCCCGCGACCCGCCUCACGGCGCACACGCACCGUCGUUAGAGCCUUUGAGAUUACGAUUAUAAAAAUUAAAUAAUUUUAGUUAAAGUUUUGUCUCAUUUCUGAACCUCUUUA